AUGGCGUCUUUUGCAACCGUAGCCGUCGUGAAACCAUCCGCGGCCGUAAAGGGCCUCGGCGGCAGCUCACUCGCCGGAGCUAAGCUCUCCAUCAAGCCUUCCCGUCUGAGCUUCAAACCCAAAUCCAUCAGAGCUGGUGGUGUGGUGGCUAAGUAUGGAGACAAAAGUGUAUACUUUGACUUAGAAGAUUUGGGAAACACAACAGGUCAAUGGGACUUAUACGGCUCUGACGCUCCUUCUCCAUACAACCCUCUUCAGAGCAAGUUCUUUGAGACAUUCGCUGCACCAUUCACAAAGAGAGGAUUGCUCCUCAAGUUCUUGAUUAUUGGAGGAGGCUCUUUGCUUACUUAUGUCAGUGCUUCGUCCACCGGCGAAGUUCUUCCUAUCAAGAGAGGUCCUCAGGAGAAGCCUAAGCUCGGUCCUCGCGGCAAGCUCUGA